GAUACACAGUCUCCUUGUGCGCGGACUUCCUAUGCCUCUAUACGUACGGUACAUACUGCGGGCUACGGACUAUUAAAUCGGAUCCACUUGACCAAUAAAGGGAAAACGUGUAAGUCAUGUUACACAUUAUUGCAACACAAUGAGAUACUAAUAACACGUAUUUGAAUGGAUUGUCAUUAAUCACUAGCGCCGGGCAGUAGAGGGAGCGUAUAGCGCCCGUGUUAACUCGACUACACACAGCGUACGUGUGCGGUUUGUGUUCCUUGUGAGGUUGUGUGCUAUAUAGAUGUGAUAAAGUAGACAUCGGUUUUACAACUGUAUUUAUGUGUGAUCUUAACAACUGAAAAAUGUGUAAUUUUACGUCGAGACAGCGCUGAUAACAACUGGCGAUGUUCUUUGUGAAAAGAGUUAGUAAUGUGCCGAUGUAACUAGAUCUCCACCGCCGUUGUAUGAAUGAGUUUAAGUCGUGAAGUGAGUUUUAAAUUGUGAAAUUGUAAAUAAAGGAUUAACAGUCAGUCCCGAGGGUCUUGUCAGUUAUGAACCACACAAACGAGACUGUCCCGGGGGAUGAGGCGGACUACGAAGAGGAGAGAUACGAGUAUAUUCUAAAAGCUUGUUUUUUAUUCGUAAUAAUGUUGUGUACUAUAAUUGGGAAUGGGUUGAGUAUCGCUGUGAUUAUCAGAACUAAAGCACUCCGUACUCCGAGUGGGAACUUUAUAAUCUCGCUAGCCGCGGCCGACAUGAUGGUAGGGGCUUGUGUCGUCCCUUUAUCCUUCGCAUCAGCCACUCAGGGUAAAUGGAUAUUCUCAAAUGAAGUUUGCACGGUUGUGGGUUUUCUUCAAUUCUACUCUACAACGUUGUCCAUUUCUAACCUGCUCGUACUGACCAUUGACCGGUGGAUCUCAGUGACCAAGCCAUUGAAGUACACCCGCUUGAUGACCAACAAGACGUCAUAUAUGUGUAUCGCGUUUAUAUGGAUAGCAGUGUUCCUCAUCGACAUUCCCAUGGUAUUUCCGGCAGUGGGCCAGUUCCGGGACAUGCGCAAUGUGUAUAUAUGUAGUCCGCAAUGGCGGACAAACAUGGCUUACACUUUUGUGUUGGUUGCGGUGUAUUUACUGCCCUCGUUCACAAUGGUCUUUGUUCUCAAUCUGCGACUCUUCUGUCUCUCUCGCAAACACCGCCGCAAAAUGAAUAUCAUCGAAAGACAAACGCAGUCAGGCAAUCAAGUUUCAUCGAUGAAAUCUAAAAUUGUCAUAUUUACAAUAGUAUUGACGUUCGAGAUCUCGUGGAUACCCUACUUUAUAGUGGAGAUCAUUCGUCUGUUUGAUUUAACGGUCGUAAACGAUUACAUCUUGUUCGCGGUCUCGUGGAUCGCAGUGAGUAACAGUUUCAUGAACUCAGUGAUAUACACGUGUUUGAACCGGAAAUUCCGGGAAGGGAUCAGGAUUUUGUUCAAGUGUCAGAAACAACCGGAUUACAUCAUGAACAUGGAGAGUUUGUUAUGACAGAGGUCUAUACGGGAGAAUGACAACGGCAACUCGUUGGUUUUCCGACCCGAAACUUAUAUCUGAUGUGUCAGCUACAAUGCAGUUAUAUGUGAGGACUCGUAAGACCACUCUUGGGCGCGAGGUCACCGGUUCGAAUUUCGGCCUGAUGCGUUCCAUAUCAAUAACGGGCACCUUAUGUAAAUACCGGAUGUGACGUCACACACCAGGGAUGCUCUUCUGAUAAAGUCUCGUGAUGUAUUCAUGAAAUUAACAUAUGCAUUACUUUGACAUGACGUCAAAACAAUCAAGGGGUAGGAUCUCAAGGAUGAACAAUGUUCAAACUUGUGUUGAUGUGAUAUUUCUUUACGCUAUGAAAGUCCGUUUCAAAACAUUUUUGGUACAAAACUUGUAAAAAAACCUAAACAAUGCAUUAAUUAUAUUUCAUUUGAUACCAAUGUUCAGACCAUCAAGAUUAACCGAAACAGAUAAUUCGCACGAGCAAGGUUCCAGACAAUAAAGUAGGCUCCACAAACUCCAUAUUCACACUAACGAAGUGUCCGGACUAACAAGGUUCUACUGUACUCACAAACCAAAGUGUCCAGACUAACAAGAUUCCACUGUACACA